CGCAACUCCACAGCUGUUUGCAAAGUUCUUAAUUAUUUUUUUGAUUUGCUUGUUUUUCUCUUUUGUUUUCUUUAUUAUUAACAAUUAUUAUGUUUAUUUGGCAAUAUUUCACACUUUUGUGCCUUGGUUUCGCCACCAACGAGGCGAAAUCCAUCAAGAAAUCGCAUGUUAACCUGUUGGAGCCAACUUUUGAGCUGGAUGAUGAGAAGCUGGUGAAGAUGGGGAUUUCCCCGCCGGACAUUUCCAACGAAGUGCAACGUGUGCAGGUGCCAUCGAAAGAUCCGCCACCCGGAAAAGAUGACUGGACGGGCAAGUGGUUUCCGCAUCUACCAGGAGAACACCAGGAAUCCAAGGAAAAAGGAACCACGGAGGAGGUUCCUCCAAUGGAAUCCACUACCAAGAAUAAUUGGGGCGGAAAGUGGUUUCCCCAGGCCCCAGGAGAACCCCAUCUCGUGAUGAUGUCACCCAAGGACCAGAAUCUAUCGACCAACUCCACAACGAAAGAUAAUUGGCAGGGCAAAUGGUUUCCCCAAGAUCCCAAUGAGCCACACAAAACUAAACAAAGCAUUUGCGAUGACGGCAAGAGCAACCUAGCCGUAGAUUUCGAUCCAACGGACAUUCGUGAUAGCCUAAAUUACCUGUGCAUCAGCAGCAAUCGCAGCCUGUACCAGCCGAACCUGACCAGGGAGGCCGUUCUCACGGAGCACUUCCUGCCAAGCGCCUAUUUGCCGCCAGCCAAGUGCCUCAACGAGCCCAUCAGUUACUCCCACCUGCCAGCCACCAAUGGCCCCUAUCGACCGAUGCCCGCUGAAUAUGGAACCUACACCUAUCUGCCUCCCCAGCGAUAUCUUCGCAACCUGGCAGAGGGAGCCAUCGUGAUGCUCUACCAUCCCUGCGCCUCUGCGGGCCAAGUGAAGCAGCUGCAGGACCUCGUGGGCGGUUGCCUGUACCGUCACUUGAUCUCACCCUCGCAGGCUCUGAGUCCGGAGCGUCCACUGGCCCUGCUCGCCUGGAGUCGCAGCCUGGCGAUGUCCGUCGUGGAUCGCCGACUGGCGGCCGACUUCAUCCAGAAGCACGCCAAGUGGGGACCUCUUGCUCCGGAGGAAAUGUCGCGGGUGGUGGACAAAAGGCAGACCUACAAGGAGGGUCUGCUCACGGAAGCCCACUUGGUCACCACGGCGGAUGACUACGAGGUGUGCGGUUACCUACAGGAGGAAAUGUAGGGACAACAUGUUAACUAUUUGUUUGUAAUAAAACUCGAAUAAUUUUGCCAA